CUUCCCUAGCAACGUGUAUAUGAACCAGGAAGUACUUUUUGUAUGCUCUAGCUCUAGCUUUAGCUGCGGUUAGCACAGAGGAGUGAAAGUGACUGACAGCAAAGUUUGUCUCGGUUAGAUUUAUGAGUCCAUCUACCGUUCAUGUGUAUUUAACACAUGUCAGGUAACGUCGUGGUUAGCAGGCAGUUCUGUCGCUGGACAUGAGUGAAAAUUGUGUGCCAUGAAAAUUAUUUUCUUACCACUGUCUGAUAGGCCAUGAUAGGCUUAUCAAGUUAUGCAGGGGUUAUGGAAAGUCUAAUGAAUUCUGCUGAAGAGCAGCAACCCUCCUCUCCCCUGGCCAACUCGUGGUCCAAAAUACAGGAAUCAAGCAAGAAUCAAAAGCCAAAAUGUGUUGGUGGGUUUGUUUUAGUUCAUGCAGGAGCAGGAUACCAUUCUGAAUCUAAGGCCAAGGAGUACAAGCAUGUGUGCAAAAGAGCCUGCCAGCGAGCCGUGGACCGACUCAAAGCCGGGGCACUUGCAGUGGAAGCAGUGGCCGCAGCAUUGGUUGAACUUGAGGACUCUCCUUUUACAAACGCUGGCAUGGGCUCCAACCUUAAUUUGUCGGGGGAAAUUGAAUGUGAUGCGAGUAUCAUGGAUGGGAAGUCGCUGCAUUAUGGUGCAGUAGGGGCUAUAAGUGGUAUUAAGAACCCAGUCUUGGUUGCAAACCGUCUACUUAGUGAAGCACAGAAAGGGAAACUAUCAGCUGGCAGAAUACCACCCUGCUUUUUAGUGGGGCGAGGAGCACAUGAUUGGGCAGUCAGCCAUGGAAUACCACCAUGCCCUUCAGAGAAAAUGGCCAGCAAGUUUAGUUUAUCUGCGUACAAGAGGAACAAGCGAAAGAUGGAGCUGGCAGAAAAAAUUGACACAGGACAUAAUCACACGAAGAAAAGACGACAAUCAAGUGAAAAUGAAAAUGGUUCAGGGUGCCUCGACACAGUGGGAGCCGUUGUCAUAGACCUGGAAGGGAAUGUAGCUGCAGCGGUGUCCAGUGGAGGUCUGGCCAUGAAACAUCCCGGCAGGGUUGGCCAGGCUGCUCAUUAUGGAUGUGGCUGCUGGGCUGAAAAUGCCUGUAGUAUGAACUCUCACUCUACAGCAGUGAGUACCUCAGGCUGCGGAGAGCAUCUGAUUCGCACCAUGCUGGCACGGGAAUGCUCUGCUGCCAUGCAGUCUGAAGAUGCCCAUCAAGCACUGCUGGAGGCUAUGCAAAACAAGUUCAUCAGCUCACCCUUUCUGGCCGGUGAAGAUCGUGUUUUGGGUGGAGUAAUUGUCUUGCGCUGCUGCAGAUGUGUGGAACCUCCGCCGUCACAAAAUAUUCAGGGUAUACUGGUGGAGUUUCUAUGGAGUCACACCACAGAGAGCAUGUGUGUUGGCUACAUGUCUGCCCAAGAUAGCAAAGCAAAGACACACAUAUCCAGAUUACCCCCUGGGACCGUUCCUGGACAGUGCUUGGCCAUCGAAGGAGGUGUGUGUCGACUGAUGAGCGUAGUGGAGUGAGCCACAUUUGCCCUCCUUCUGGGCUUCUUCAGCAAUACUCCAAUACACACACACACACACACACACACACACACAUACACACACACACACACACACCACCCUCACUUCCCCACCACCUUUGUGAUGUAGUAAUAAGCUUAGCUGUUUCAACAGGUGCCCAGGAAGGGAGGGAGGGGUGUUAGCUUCUACUUAGUGCACUUACAGGACUUCCCUUUGCCACUGUCUGCCUCUAGCAUGUCUCUAUUCUAUACCAAUUUACCCUCUCUUCCCCCCCCCAAGCUCUCCAGUGUCACCUGGAUUAGACGUAAUGCCUUGAUGCACUAUUUUUUCUUUGUUGCUCUUAUCCUUUUGUAUAUAAGCUAUGAUUUAGGAAAACAGGGUGGGUGCUCAGACGUGACUAUUUUCAAGCAUUUAGAAUUUCAAAUGCAAGACAUUAUUUUGUUCUCAAAAUACUUUUCAAGUUUAAAAAGAUGUCCAAUUGCCCCUUGUGGAAUGCCUGCUACUCAAGAUAAUUGUUAUGAGUGAAGCAUUUACAGCUGUGAGAGUUGAACAGUAAUGAUGCAGUUUACAGUGUCAACACGUACAGAUCAACUUCCACAUACUCAUACACACAUAUUGUUAUUAAACUUCCAGUUUACUGUAUAAUGUAGCAUACUGUGCAUCUUAGAUCACGAUGAUGAUUUUAUAACCAUUUCAGCCAUACAAUGCUUUGCUUUGAUUGUUUUUGAAAUGUGAAUACAUAGCUAUUGCAUGUGCAAAAUCUACAGUAAGCCACUUUGUGUUCUCUGACAAGUGUAGAGUUGAUCAAGAAGCAGGAAGCUAUGCACUUCCAGAGUGAUGUUGAUACAUACAUUUAUAUAUAUAUAUAUAUAAUGCUCAGGUAGCAGCAUUUUACCCCACAUGACUGUUAGUCAUCAUUUAAAAAUCACAAUUUAUAUUUGUAUAGUGACAUUGACAGAGACAUGUAUUUUCUUGCUUAAAAAAAGGGCCUCGGAAAACUAAUUUAUGUAUCAAGCCCAUGAAUUGGUGCUGUUGAGCGUUGUACUUGAAAGAAGUAAGGGUCUAAAUUUCUGUUGAGAUAAUCAGUUCCUCUGGUGUUGCUGUUUCAUUCAGUUACUACUAAGAAUUCCAGUCUCAACAAAACUAUAAUAGAGCUUGUUUAUUCUUUACUUGAAAAUGCAACUAUUAUAAAAUGGUAUAAGCUAUGGAAAUGGUAAUAAUGUGCACAGCUCUCUAAGGUGCUUUUAAAGUAAAUAAAAUCUAUGUUGCUACACUUCUGCGUCUAUCUUAAGUCUUUUAAACUUUAUGACAUGAGACACA